GGAAGUAAACAACAUUAAGCGAGACGGACAACGGAACGGAGGAAGAAAGGUAGACUACAGUACACUUUUUUGUUAGGCUACAUGUGGUCAGAAAUGUGAUUUUAUUUGUUAACGGUGUAGGUUUGCUUAUUUAGGCUGUGUUGUGGCAUUUUUCCCUCCGCGGGUGAAUAAUAAUAAGAUGAUAUUUUAGUGUUAGUGUUAGAUCGCAGCUCCUCUGCUCCGUUAGCUCGAACCUCAGCAACAGUUUCUACAGACACCGUCUGUGUCUGUGUCCCUGUUGGUUUAGACCUGUUUGUCUUCCUGUUUAACGAACUAAAACUCGGGUCUUAAUUAAUGCUGUUGGUGUGUUUGCAGAAAGACCUCCUGAAGGUGUUUAUCCUCAAAGUUUAGUCAAAUUAUGUCUAUAAGUCGUUAACUCUUUAACCCUAGAACACUAUCGCUAAAAUAAGUAACACCUUCACUAUCACCGGGUGAUCUUUACUCAAAAAAAUAUAACCAAGACAGAUCAUGACAGAUUAAAGUAGUUUUCUAACUGUGCAAUGUCCAAAGGGAGGGGAAAAAGUGCCAUGGUGUAACAAAAUAAUUGAAAUUAGGCAUUCAUGAACAAAAAAUUCCUAAAAAAAACAUAUAGAAACUGGCAACUUAGUUUCUUUUUUUCCUUGGGCGUGUUAGUCUUCCUUGGUUAAGACUCAGGGUCCUUGGCACAAUAACAGCUGCAGGAGAGAGAACCAAAAUAUGUCAUAUUUUGAGUGAGUAAAAAUGACCAGCUGACUACAAUAAUUCUUAACACCGUAUGAAUUCUCUUGAAAAUCACUACUUUGUGGCAGCUAUUCAUGACCACUGCGCUAAAUAAAGAUAGCAUGCAAAUUCCAGGACCACUCUUACUGACCUUAUUCCCUACAUGCAGCUAUCAAAUCCCCCCAAACCUACUUACCUUCUAUCACUAUUGCCGGGUGAAAAAUCACCCAAACAUGUGCCCGUAGGAAAAAGCAGGUUUUGGAUCAGGGAAACAAAUAUGCCUUCAAAGAUGUCAAAGGAAAUGCUGAAGCUACCCCGGGACCCACGAUACUCAGACAAAUGCAACAUAAUGAAAAUCACGUAAAUAUGUUUGGUCGGGUGAAAAUCACCAGGCGAUAAUGCUCUAGGGUUAAGCACUAUUUGAUAUAAGAAAAAGAUCAAAUGAUGUUCAUAUCUGUAGCCACACAAAGCUUUUUUUUAGUUAAGAGAACAUUUACUCUGUAGGUUGGUAACAGAUCUGCCAAGAAAAUCCAACAUCACAAGGUGUUUAUUUGGUCAGCUGAGAUACUGAUUUCCUCUUUAUUUCUGUCAAUAAAUAUAUUAAUAACAGCUCAUUAACACACCUCUGGCUGGACCUGGACUUCACAUUAAACCCUGAGAAUUGACCUGCUGCCAAAGUCAGCUCAGGUUGAGAUAGGGCUGGGUGAAAAAACCACAACGAUAUAUUUCGGAAAUUGAUUUGCAGCAUUGUUUAAAUUUCAUUUAUCUAUAUUGUGAUAUAUAUCAAUAUUGACUAAACUUUUUCCCAUAUCGCACAGCCCUAGGUUGAGGCACCAGUCACAGUCAGUUAAUAAGUUAUAUGCUGUAUGAGUAAAUUGAUGCUAUUAUAUAUUUUCCAAAUGUGAGUCUUGGUUUGCUGUGUCUGUGCAAACCUUGUGUUCAAAUGUAGCUGGAUCACUGUCAAGUUUUUUAAUUUUUUCACUAAUCCCUCUGUGUAAACUGUAGGACCAGCCGCCUAGAUGACGACUCUGAUUUGCACUUUGCAAGAUCAUCGGGAUGAUGUCAACUGGUGUGCCUUCUCUGGCAACCUGCUAGCAACAUGUUCAGGGGACAAAACACUCAGGGUUUACAGCACCAGUGACUUCUCAGAGUUGGCCUUCUCGCCGCUGUCAGGACAUGGUUACAGCGUCCACUGCUGCUGCUUUAGCGCCUGCGGACAGUUCCUCGCAUCCUGCUCCACUGAUGCCACCGUAGUGAUUUGGUCCAUGGUCUCUGGUGAGAUUGAGGCUGUCCUGGAGCAUCCUGGUCGCAGUCCUGUGAGAAUCUGUGCUCUCUCUCCCGACUCUGUACAUCUGGUCUCUGGUGCAUCUGAUGGCACACUGGCUCUGUGGGAUUUCCCCUCCAAGCAGCUAUGCAGGUGAAGUUUGUUGCGUCAGUAACUGUUGUUUCAUUUGCAAAGCAUUUUCUACGACGACUAAUUAUUUCAAGACAGAAUAGUCAAAGGAUUUAGUGUUUGUGAAGACGAUUUAGUAAUUGCUGACCCACUUCUUGAACAGGUGUUCAGCAAAGUGCAAUUCUCAUACUUGUAAACCUCUGCAAACACCUCUCCUCACACUAAUGUUUGAAUCACCUAACAUAAUAUUUGCACUGUUUUGUUCAGUGCCUGUAUAAACGAACAAAAGGGAUUUAAAGUACAAAGAAAAAAAAAAACAAAAGCAGAUGCACCUGUUGAUGCAGCUGUGUUUUGUGGUGUUGGUAAAGGACUGGAACAGUGAAUGAGGCCACUUUGGUAGCCUGCUCCUUCAGCCCCUGCAGUCAGGUGUUUGUGACCGGCUCCACCUACGGUGACCUGCGCCUGUGGGACUUGGAGAUGAGGCAGCUCCAUGCAGAGAAAAAUGCCCACGACCUGGGAGUCACCUGCUGUACCUUUGCUCCCAGCAUCCUUAGUGGUGAGAAUCGUCGAUAUGUGGCCCAGGAUGUAUUCCAGUGUUUCUGGUAGCAGUCAGUAGUACAUAAAAAAUUGUAUACUUAGGAAACUUAAAAAUAUUGUAUAGUAAUUACUAUCUUUUGACCGUUUUUAUUUUAUUACUUCUACAAAGAUUGAACAUAAGCUAUGAAAAAAAGAGAACAACUGUAACUGUGACCUUUAAAAAAUCAAUAAGUCCAACUCUGUGUCAGCUUGGUUAUUGCUGAAGGAAUGCUUCUCCUAGUAACAAGACAUUUCUAAAACUUCAGUCUCAUCUGAAACUGCCAUCUAGAAUAAAGCUGUUGAAAAUGGUUCAACUUCACUGUAAUACUGACAUUCACACUCAGUUCAAAUCAAUUAGUUCACAGAGGCAGGAUGAUUUCAUGGGCUUGUGACUUUGAAUCAAAGCUGCUUUUUGUUUGACAUGUCACGCUGUCGUUCGUGUUUUUUUUAUUAUCUUUAGGUGGUCAAGUCGUGCAGUUUCGUCUGGCAUCAUGCGGUCAAGACAGUCAGCUAAAGAUCUGGGCCAUUAACAAGUUUAACUUUGGAGGUAAGAUCUUUUUUUCCUUCUUCUUUGCAAACUGGCAACUAAUUUUAGUCUGUUUAUAGCUGUUAGAUGCACUAACUCGGGGUAGAUGUUUGUUUGCUUUUGAUGCUAGUGUCUGAUUUUUUUACACUGAUUUUUGCACAGAUUUUGCUAAUAACAGUAUGACAUCUCUGUAUCCAAUGAUUCCCUUUCUUUUUCCUCUACCAAUCUACUAGAUAGUCCCUUUUUUCAUACUAAGGUCUUGAUUAAAAUGUUGUGGCUCUACCAUGGCUCUUUGAUGAGUUUGACAUCAGUCUGAAUGAGUCAUUUACUUGUUUGGAUGAUUAUAGUUUUCUCUCUCUCUUUAUUUUAGGCUACAAGAUGCACCUCCUGCACACACUAACUGGCCAGUCGGCUCCGGUCCUCUCCUGUGCUUACUCCUCAGAUGGACAGCUGCUAGUUUCUGGGUAGGAUUUUACAGAAAAUUGAGAGAAAAUGAUUACAAUUUAGAUUCUUCAAAUCUCGAAUAUACAAGUGUAAAAAGGCUUAUUUGUAUAUAUUUCAGAAAGAUUUCAAACAUGGCCAUAGAAACUAUGUCGGUAGUAGUUUAUAUGUAUGAGUGAAGCUUGCUUAAAAUACAUUCUUCAUCAAAGUUAGUAAUGUUGAAGUUUGCUUUGCUCUCAUGUUUUGCAGUCUUUGGUCAAGUAAAAGAAAUUCGAAAUACGUUUAAUAAAAAGUGGGCUGGAAUAAAGGGGAAAAAUAUAUUCAAUGCUUUGGUAUUAUAGUAUACUGAACUGUAUUUAAAAACGUGAAGAACUGCCUGUAAAAGACACAUUAAAAAUGUCUAACCGUCCUAAUAUCGUCUUUGGCAUCACCAAAGUAGUAAGUAAUGCGUCUAGAUGAAUAUUUUACUGCCUGUUAAAAAAUCAGUGACCAUAUUUUCAUUUUUAUGGGGUAAGAGACUGAUGUUGAUUAUAAAUUGCUCUGCUAUUUCACUGGAAGGAGCAGUACUUGAGUGGAUCCACUAGGUGGAGACAUGAAUUGCUUUAUUUCUCAAAUGUGUGACGUAUGAUCCGUACACGCUGCAUUGAAUAACCUGAUUUUAAACUUUUUCUUGUGCAGUUAUAAUUUUAACUAUUUAUUCACUUUCAGCUCUGUGGACAAAACAGUCACAGUCUAUGAUGCUGUAAGUACCCGCUUAUCACCUGAGUUACCUAAAAUAAUGACAUAUCCAUUGUUUGUUUUUCAUGUAAAGCUUCAUUCAAAAUAUAAUGUUUAUGUUUUAUUUUUCAGAACAAUGCACUCCUACUAUACACACUGAAUCAGCACGAGAGGUAAACACUCAUUCUAAAUUGUGGGGUGAAUAUUAGUGUCUUUGUGUGCCUGAUGUUUUCCUACAAAAUGCUUCAUCAGUAUGAUACACGGACAAAUAUAAUGUGAGAUUUUUCAGAACCAGCUUAACUAUGAUAUGACAGAUUGUUCUUUUAUACCAAACAUGGGCAGCAUUUGAAGUUUCGUAUUUAGAUUUUGACAAAAAUCAUACCUUAAAGAAUCUGUAGAAAAAAGGUAGGACUUCUAUCAUCAUGUUUCUUCAUUUCCACGCAGACAUGCACAUACGAACCACAGCUGAAUGAUCACACUCCACUCAGAAGCUCUUUUUAGUCCAUCAAGCCACCUGUGAUUGAAAGCCAGAAAGCUUGCUUCCUUUCAGCGGGGCAAAUGAAAGACGUUUUAAAAAAAAAUCACUGACUGGAGUGGAAGAAGAUGAGGCAAGUUGGGAGAGAGAGAGAGAGAGAGAGGAAGAGAGAGAGAGGGAGGAAAAACAGCAAAAAGGGAAAUCACAACACUUGACAAAAUACUUCCAGGAACCUCCUUUGCUCAUAUCUCAGUGUCAGAGUGACUUCUUUUCAAUGAAUUCCUGUAGUGAAUUUUAGGGGAUGCUAUUUUAACAAACUGGCUUUUGAAGAUCACCAUUUCUGAGCAGUGCAGAUUAAGUUUUAGGAUGACUGUCUUAAUUAAGGUUUCCUUGAUUCUUUUUGAAUGGAUUGGAAAUUGGAUUUUAAGUCUUAUACAGUGAACAUUUUCAUCACCGCUGCAUAGUGAGGCCUGAUACUGAGCAGCUGGGCCCACUUUUUUUUAACCCUUUAAGAACCAAACCGAUCCUUAAGCAGGGCGACUUAUUGUCACUACACAGUUAAAUGCAAAAACCUGGAGCUUUGUAACUCAGUUUCUGAAAGUUUUUAUUGGACAGAAACACAGUGAGCUCUGAAUUUAUCUAAACAACAGAUACAGAUUUGGUAGAUUUUUCCCUUUCUUUGAUACAACUUGGAUGUUAGAUAUUUGAAAACAUUUCUAUUUUAGUCUUUCCUGUUGUUAUUCAGAGUAUGAUGCACCUCUUUGUGAACAGCAGAACUAUUAGUCAUGUGAGUUACGUCCUCUGCAGGUACGUGACGGCGUGUUGUUUCUCUCCGACCGCACCGAUCAUCGCUACGGGCUCCAUGGAUAAGACUGUAAACAUCUGGAGGCUGGAGGACGGAUGCAGAGGCCGUGGUGGGAAAUACAUACAUCCCUUUAGUUAAAUAAGAUCCAUGUUUUUAUAACAGGUCACACUAUUUUUGUGUGUUGUAAUCCAUUUUUGUGUCUCCCUCCUCUCCUGCACUCCUUGCCAUACUGAAAAGAUGGGAAAUCAGUGCCCGGUUAGUUCUUUUUUAUAUUGAAUAACAUACAUAUUUCUUUUAAACUCCACUCUUGAAAUACAGAGAGAGCUGCUUAUUUACAUAGCAGAACAUCAAAAAGCAUAAAAAUGACAGUUUUAUUGCCCCAGUUAUUGUUCCCUAGAUGGUAAUCCAUCUACCAGCCCAGAAAACCUCUAAGAUGCUUUAUACCUCUUCUUUUGCGUAUGAUUUCAGUAGGGAGAUAGAGAUUCAAGUCAACUCUAGCCAGUCGAACCCUUUGCUGUGAGAUUGGAAAAGUUGCACCCUGAUUCUUGAAGCUCUUAUUCCAUCAUCUGUUGCAGUGUCACGUGUAGAGCUAGUGUCAUCUUGUGGUGAAGGACACAGGUGUUGUGAAUGACAGCGCUCUCUUCUCUUUUAUCACCCUUCAGUCUCAAGUGUUAUUUCAGAAAAUUGAGUUGCUUCUCUCAUGUUUACCGUUUUUCUUUGUCUUGUAUUUUUUUGUGUGUGUUUCAGAGCAGUCUGCUUUGACAUCAAGUGAAGGUAGAAAGAAAAUAUACCUCCCCAUACAUUUGUGUAUCAGUUAAAAUAAGUAAGUGAGGCAACACCAAACAUGAUUUCUGUGCACAAAUGACGAAAAUCUUCAUGUGUGGCGCAUCAGUUUCCAAGCCCAUGUUUAGUCCAGCAUGUCCCUCUGCAAUGUAGAAGCUCCUUUUCACCUUUUACUUCCAUCUGGUACCAAUGAAAACAUCAAUGAACCCUGCAGACAUUUAUUUAUGUUAGUGCACAAGCUAUGCCAGCCCCAGCCCCCUGAUCAAUAGUAAGUCAGCAUGAUGCCAAAACAGAGAUUAAGUGGCCAUUUUUCAAAAAGGUGCUGCAGCUGUCGAUGACCUACCGCCUUGCUUUCUCUCCCAGGGACAACGUCAGCAGGCCGGUCGAAGCUGCUGGUCGGAGAUUGGUCGGAGGAGGACGUGUCGGUGUGGCUGGUAGAGGAAGGCCUCGGGGGAUUGGUGGAGAAAUUCAGAGCCAACAACAUAGAUGGGACGGAGCUGCUGAGCCUCACCAAGGAAACGCUGGUGUCAGAGCUGCACAUAGGUGAGGAGGACAGACUUCACACGCUGCUCUGAGUGCAAUGUCUUCUCUGCCCUUAGCUUUGUUAUGACCCUAUAGACAGACUAUAAAACCAGUUUUAUGGGUGUGACAUGUCUGGUGUUUAAUGAGCAUGAGCAUAUGUGGAUAUGUAGGAUUUUUCUACCUGUUCUACACGGAUAAGAGGAAACACAAUAAAAUUCAACAAAGGGUGAAGUAAUGAAUGAAUUUGAUGGGUUUUCACUAAAUAGGAUUACGUAAUAUACGGCUAGACUGAAAAAUUACUCAGCUUUUGUGCUCAGCACUUCUGACUUUAAUCUGGAGCACUCUCUCUCUCUCUCUCUCUCUGUCUCUCUCUCAUAGUUACAUAACCCAGUCACCCAAACAGUAUUUCCCAAGAGGUAAAAAUUGAUUUACACCUAAUAUCAUUAGUCUUAGAGUUUUACUUAAGUCCGUGUGGACAGGCUUUUUAGAAAGACUGAUUUAGGGCUUUAUUGUUUCUCUGAUUGUUUCUGUACCAUUUAAACUUCAAUCGAACUUUAACUUUAACUCCAGUUACAGUUUACACUUGAUCCAUCUUUGCACAUUUGAAAAAACUCUAUCAGUGUAGAUGAACGUUAUCACCUCCACACAGUAUUUGCACAUUUAUGACUUGUAUAAACUGGAUUAACUUGAGGGCUUUAUUUGAUUUUUGUUUAUCUCACCGGUGCUGUAUUUGCUCUGAUAACCUGCUGCUACACCUUACUUUUCUCAGUGGGGGGCAGCUGAGUACAGCUUCCUACCUUCCUACCUAUCCAUCUACCUUCUUUCUUAUCCAUCCAUCCACCCAUCAGGUGUUUUUGUUAUUUUGUAAUUCAGCUGUAUAACCACACAUCUAAAGUCAGAGUGUUGUGGUGGUGUUGUCAGUCUACCAGCGGGGUCGGUAUUCGUCAUGUAGUUGUCAGCAAAUGUUUGUUUUUUUUCCUCCAUGCCGUCAUUUCCAUCCCACAGCCACUUUCAAUCACUCCUCAGUUUACACAGCUUCAGCGCCGUGACAGCUUGUGCUCACAUUGUUCUGUUUUUAGCAACAUAGCAUGAGUGCCACCUUUUUAGCAGAGCUAACUUCAGGAACAGUUCUGACUUGCAAACAUGUUUUAUGUGCUGCAAGAGUCCUGCUCUCGGCCAGUACUCUCUUGAAAAAGAGCUUCUUAAUCUCAAUGGAAUAUUUCCUGGUUAAAUAAAGGUUAAAUAAAUAAAUAAGUAAAUAAAUAAAUGGAGAGACAGGCAUACUUUUCAAAGGUGGGAGGCAAAUCAAUCAAGUUUCUGUUCCUCUUAAAGAGGCAGCACAACUAAAGGAAACACAAUGUGCCAGAAAACUAAGCAGCAUCUACUAAGUGUGUUUGUGCUCGGCUGUAGUUAACUCAUCCUUAUUUCAAAGUGGAUAGAUUCAAUCAGACACUAAUCAAGCUGAAAUGCACUCAAGGGAGGCUUGAAGUUAAUCGUUGAGUUGUACAGGCAGUAAGAGGAAGAAUUUCGCUUCAACAUGUUAAGGAUUAUGUAGAGGUGAAAAGUGCAGCAUUCAGAAAAAGAGUUAUACUCUUUGUCUGGAUGUUGUUAGUUCAGGAGUUAUUUUUAUUUCAUACAGUGCCUUCUUUAUAUAUUUAACUGAAAAGUGUGAAUUUCUUGCAUUAUAUUGGUAACUGGUAAAUAUAUGUGCAUAUGUACAAAAAUUGUAUAUGAAAGUGGAAAUAUCUUUGUUUUAAAGAGCUAACUAUGUGAGCAACUCAAAAAUUCCUAUAGAUAUAAUCCUAUGCAAAUGGAAAAUAUUCUCUAUUCUAAUUUAUUCUGUUCUGUUCUGUCUACUCCAUUCUUUUUUAUCUAUUCAGCCCUAGUCUAUUCUAUUCUAUUCUAUGUUAUCCUUUUUUAGUCCAUAUUACUCUAUUCUGUUUUAUUCCAUAUUAUUCUACUUUAUUCUAUAUUACUCUAUUCUAUUCUAUUUUAUUCCAUAUUAUUCUAUUUUAUUCUAUAUUAUUGUAGUCUAUUUAAUGCUGUUUCAUUCCACAUUAUUCUAUCUUAUUCUAUAUUACUGAAUUCAAUUCUAUGCUGUUUUUUUCCAUUUUAUUCAACUUUAUUCUUUAUUACUCUAUUUUAUUCUAUUCUAUAUUAUUCUGUAUAACUGUAUUCUAUUCUGUUUUUUUAUUCUAUAUUAUUCUGUCUUAUUCUAUAUUACUGUAUUCUAUUCUAUUUUAUUCCAUAUUAUCUUAUUUUAUUCUAUAUUACUCUGUUCUAUUCUAUAUUAUUUCAUAUUAUUCCUUUUAUUCUAUAUUACUCUAUUCUAUUUAUGCUGUUUUAUUCCAUCCCAUUUUAUUUUAUUCUUUUUUACUCUAUUCCAUUUUAUAUCGUUUUAAUCCAUAUUAUUCUAUCAAAUGCUUUUCUUCUUUUCAGCUUGUUUCACUUCAUGUUUUAGUGGGGUUUUUUUUAUAGUUUAAAUAGAACAGGCAUGUUUCCUCCUCUGGCUCUUAAAAUAACACUCUUUUUUUUCUUUGUCUUGUUUGUGAAUCUGUGUGUAUGUUUGUGUGUGCAGACUCUGUGGGCCUGCGUAAUAAAGUCCUCAGAAAGGUGGAGGAGCUGAAGAGUGAUUCAGUUUGCUCAGGCAUUCCUGAUGAGUUCCUAUGUCCAAUCACCAGGGAGUUGAUGAGGGAACCAGUCAUUGCUGCCGGUAAUCAAAGAUCAAACCAUUUAGAAACGUUUAAUGAUGCAUUUUCUAAGUAAGGAGAAGCCAGUGUGAACAGAUUUGCAUGUAUUUGUUUGUGUGGCUUCCAAACAGAUGGAUUCUCAUAUGAAAGGGAAGCCAUCGAGAGCUGGAUCAACACCAAGAACCGCUCCAGCCCCAUGACAAACCUCCCUUUACUAACCACUCUGCUCACCCCCAACCACACCCUGAAGAUGGCUAUCGGCCGCUGGAAGACCAGCCACUAGCAUCCAAGAGGCCUCUGACCCAUAGCACCCCCAACAUAUGAGCAGACAGAUGCUUGAGCCCAGUCUUCACAGGGACAUGCCUGAACAUUUCAGGUACAAAGAUAAAGCUGCAGUUUCUGAUGGGUGAGGAUCGUGAAGACUUGGUGACACUAGCGGGUCUUAAUACACUUCAGCUCAUGCACUUAAUUAGUUCCUUAUUUGCAUAUCAUACAGAUCCCAGAGGAGCGCUCAUUUGUCGUCAUUAAGAAUGCAAGUUUAAAGCAACUUCAACUGAUCUUUGUAUUAGUACUAAUCUCUAUAGUGAGCUUCGUGUUGUUGUAUCAGUGAGGACUGAAGCUCUUUGUGACGCUCUAAAACCCUGAACACUACUUUCUUUGCAACACACAGAAGUCAAGGUUAAAAGCCAGAUGAUGAACACAGUGACAGAGGCGAAAGAAUAUCGAUCUUUGAUUCACAAGGUUACUUUAAACAGCUUUGCAUGUUUGAUUAUGUUUGUCUACAACUGCUGGAUGUGAUAAUAAGAAACUAUUGGCUGAUACGCUAAUAUGCAAUCAUGUGCCAAGACUAUGCUGCCUGAAAUGCAGGGUGAAUCUUAUAUCUUCAUGAGUAAAUCUCCUUUUGUCUUCUUACUCAAAAUGAUGCCUUCGUCUGCUUGCCUUUCCUAAAAUAAAAAAGCCACCUUGCUUAAGCUUAAGGUCAUUUGCACAAACAGGGAGUCAAUCUUGAUAGAAGAACCUGCUUCACAAAUUGCUAAACAAGCAAUCCAUCACGAUAACAUUAACUUUGAAACUGUAGGCUUCUAUAAUGUUAAAUCAUUAAUAUAGUUUUUAUUCAGAUCUGACAUUUAUGGUCACAGCCACUUCUUCUGUCCAUACGAAGCCUUUUUAAACUAUUUUAAAAACUGGUCUUUCCUUUAAUUCUGCUCAGUGAAGAUAAACAAAGUGCUUACUGGUGAAAUAAAUACUUUGAGAGGCCCUGUUGUGUUGCAUAUAGAAGCCUAAGCAGACAUACAAUCGUACAUCAUUUAUUUCAUUUUCUCUCAAUAAGUUAAUAAUUGCUGUUUUUUACAUCUCAUAAUCAUAACUCAUAGUUCUUGACUUUCAAAAACCAGAAACAAACAAAAACAGGCUUGUUAGAGCCUGAUUUGUAACAAUGACUCGAAAUGUUAUUAAACAAAAAAAUGUAAUGAUACCCAAAAUGUAACAAAUGGUCAAUAGUGUAACAAGAUGCUUAGCCCAAAACGUCGUAACUUUUUGCCCAAAAUGUAGCAACUUGUUACGUAUUGGGUCAAUUAUUACAUUAUAUAUAUAUUUUUUACACUAUUUUAAUGACAUUUUGGGCUCAACCCUUAAGUUACAUUAUUGACGAACUAUUAAAUUUCAGGCUUUAUUAAAAAAAUUUUAUUUAUUUAUUUUUUUUUACAUUUCGUUUUUUUAUUAUUUUUUUUAAUUUCGGGCUUUAUUACUUUUAUUUUUUUUUAAUUUCGGGUCAUUGUUACAUAUCAGGCUCUAACAAAGCUAAAUUUGCACCUCACUCAUGUGGGAAGCUUGGUGUGUUGCGGUCUAGCGUAUCACAGUACCCGCCUAUUUCUUUAACUCUUUAUCUGCUGAAUAACCAAAAAUUAACAGGCUGUUAAAGCUUAACUGAAUCCAAAGUAGUUUUAUGUAAAUAUUCAGAGAUUAUGUUGGACAUGAUAAAUAAAGACGGAUCUCUGAAAACCAGAUAGCAUUGCUCAUAUUUUUGCACUUUUUUUUAUUUUGAUGGCAUAUUUUUAUUGAUUAAAAGUUUAGUUGUACUGUGAAAGGAAAAGACACUUUUUUUUCCACCCAUACACACUCUGAAGCUAAGGCAACACUUUAUAUACUGUAUAUUAUGAAAUUCUGUAUAACAUAGUAAAAGAAUUAGAUGUAGAGAAAUGUAAUCCUCCAUUUAUAUUUUAUUAUACCACAGAAACAACGUGGUAACAUUCUGUAAUCAUAGUAUGACUCUGAAGGGAUAUUAUGACCAAUGUGGACGUAGAGCAAUGUAAGAAGUCUAUUAAGGUUCGUUAUCCUCCUUUUGUUGCCUGUUGUAUGCUCUCUGUCCAAAUAAACCUCUUAACACUUUAUAUGUUCUCUGCUAUGCAAAAAUAAAUAACAUAUACUGUGAA